ACGUACAGAUUUUCGUUUUCAAUGGAGGCUUUAAAAAAAUAACGGAAAAAAAUGCAACAGGAUAAUCCAAAGAAGAAAAAUAUGUGGCUGGUUUCAAGUGCAAUUCUUUUUUGAGUGACCCAUUGAUUGUACCAUGAUUUUUUGUCAACGAUAAACAUUAACAUUGGAUACGAAAAAAAGUAUAAAAAAAAUCGCUUGAAAAUUGGACGUACAAGCAUAAAAAUCAUUGGCAAAUCAAUAAUUUUCUUUUAACGUCGAUUAAUAUCAAAUAAUGUACGGUUUGCUGCUGGAAAAUUUGGCCGAGUACAUCAAAAUCAAUUAUGGAGAAGAUAAAUGGGAUGAAAUUCGUCGUAGUGCCGGCAUCGAUGCACCGUCAUUCAGCGUACAUCAAGUUUAUCCGGAAAAUUUACUCAAUAAAUUGGCGAAAAAAGCGCAACAAAUUUUGAAUGUACCAGAAAAGGAGUUCAUGGAUCAAAUGGGAGUGUGUUUCGUUAGUUUCGUCGGUCAAUAUGGUUAUGACCGUGUUCUGUCUGUGUUGGGUCGUCAUAUGCGUGAUUUUUUAAAUGGUUUGGAUAAUUUGCAUGAAUAUUUGAAAUUUUCCUAUCCUCGCAUGAAAGCACCAAGCUUUAUAUGUGAAAACGAAACAAAACAGGGACUCACAUUGCAUUACCGCUCAAAACGUCGCGGUUUUGUCUACUAUACAAUGGGUCAAAUACGUGAGGUGGCCCGACACUUUUAUCACAAAGAAAUGCAUAUCGAAUUAAUACGAGAAGAAAUCCUGUUCGAUACAGUGCACGUUACAUUUCAAUUGACCUUUGAUAAUCGUGCAUUCACCUUAGCAUCGCUAGCAAUGACUCGCGAGGAAAAACACUUGCCAAUUAGUGCAUCAGUUCUUUUCGAAAUAUUUCCAUUUUGUGUUGUGUUCGGAUCGGAUAUGGUUGUAAGAAGUAUUGGAAACUCUUUGCUAGUAAUUCUACCGGAGUUGGUUGGGAAAAAAAUUACAUCGUGUUUUGACUUGGUGCGGCCGCUGAUAGCAUUCAAAUUCCAAACGAUUUUGAAUCGAACCAAUAAUAUAUUCGAAUUGGUCACGGUAGAACCGGUGCCAGAUCGCUUGGAAACACAUAAUAAGGAUAUUUUGGGUGGCGACAUCGAAGGAGAUGAACAUCGAAACCUACGUUUGAAAGGUCAAAUGAUUUACAUGGAAAAUUGGAGAAUGAUUAUGUUUCUAGGCACCCCCGUUAAUUCAGACAUUACGUCACUAAUAAGUACAGGGCUAUACAUAAAUGAUUUAUCGAUGCACGAUUUCAGUCGUGAUUUGAUGCUGGCAGGUACACAACAAUCAGUUGAACUGAAAUUGGCUUUGGACCAAGAACAACAGAAAUCAAAAAAAUUGGAGGAAUCAAUGCGUAAAUUAGAUGAAGAAAUGCGACGGACAGAUGAAUUAUUAUAUCAAAUGAUACCGAAACAAGUGGCGGAUCGUUUACGGCGUGGAGAAAAUCCCAUUGACACCUGUGAGAUGUUCGAUAGCGUAUCGAUUUUAUUUAGCGACGUUGUCACUUUUACGGAAAUUUGUAGUCGAAUCACCCCAAUGGAAGUGGUAUCAAUGUUAAAUGGAAUGUACAGCAUAUUUGACACGCUUACGGAACGCAAUAAUGUGUAUAAGGUGGAGACUAUAGGAGAUGCUUACAUGGUUGUGUCCGGGGCACCCGAAAAGGAUUUCAAUCAUGCUGAAAAGGUCUGCGAUAUGGCCUUAGAUAUGGUGGAAGCAAUCACUGAUCUGCAAGAUCCAAGUUCGGGAACACAUUUACGAAUUCGAGUGGGUGUGCAUUCAGGAGCUGUAGUCGCUGGAAUUGUUGGUCUUAAAAUGCCUCGAUAUUGUCUGUUUGGUGAUUCGGUGAAUACGGCAUCCCGAAUGGAAUCCACAUCUGCCGCAAUGAAAGUGCACAUAUCACAAUCGACCCGAGAUUUACUCGGCCCAAAUUAUCGGGUAAAAGAACGUGGUGAAAUUGAGGUAAAAGGAAAAGGUGUUAUGAAAACUUAUUGGUUAGAAGAGAGGGAAAAUCGCCAAAAAUUGGGACACAUUAUACCACAGACCAAUACUCCAAUGCAAUCGUCGGCUGUUAUGACUACAUUACGUCGUGAUUCAAUACGUGAUCGACGUCGAAGUAAUUCCGUAUUUGGUUACGCACCAAGAAAUCCGGUGAGUCCUCCGCCAACGGACGAUCGACGCAUUUAUUCACCCGUUAUGUUUGAAGACGUUGCUAUGCAUAGCAUGUCAAGUUCACCAGUAAAGACACUUUACAGUGCACCGCGUGGCCGUGAUAGUCGAUCAAACUCAACUGGCCACGUAUUUAUGAAUAGCCCAAGCGAAUUAUUCGGAUCAUUAAUCAAUGAUACCGAAGAGUUUUUCGAAGAUUUAACAAAUAAUCGAAAAGUUGAAUCGGCCUGUAAUUUACAAUCAAGCCUGUCAACGCCAGCAUUCAGUCCAAGACGCAUUCCACGUGCGAUGAGUUCAAGUUCGGGUAAACCAUCGUUACCACCGCCACCGUCAACAGCACCAGCCCAAAUGAAAAGUCCAACAAAUUCAUUGCGACAAAUGCGUCUGAGCGAAAGAGAGUUAGUUGAUUAUAGUCGGCCAUCGUCGUCAUCAAUGGUACCGCCGAUUAUGCACAACUUGACCAAACAAUCGAAUCAGGUAUUGGCCGUUGUCAAUCAACGCUCAAAAGAAUCCCUAAAUAAAGACACUCAAAAAUUGGAUAUAAAUAAUUUAACCGAGUCAAUCAAUUCUAGUCAAAUCAGUCGAAAAUGUCCGAUGAAUUCAAAAAAUCUGCGAGCAUUCGAGGAAAUGGAUAAAAUGAUGGACGAUAUUUUAGUGAAUGACAUAUCUGGUGGUAUGUGCCCAUACUUUGGAACGCACCAUCAACCUUCAUCAAACUCGGUGUCUAGCUCCAAAUCAGACGGACACAUUUGUCUAACGAAUAAGAGUUCACAAAAAAGCGCCGACUCGGCCAGCAGCAGCAAAAUGUCAAAUAGCCAAAGUUUCGCAAACAAUAAGUCACAUCAGUGUUGUCCGGGACACCAGAAUGGCAGACAUCGCGUUCAUCCGCACGCAUGUAUCAUCAUAUAAACAUGAUUAGGAGGAUUGACUCCGAGGAAUACUCCGCACCGCCCCGCACAUGUAUAGAAAAUCAUCAACAUCAUCAUCCAUUCGCUCAUUUUAAUAUGCAAAUUCAUUUGUUUUGUAAGCAUAAUUUGCAUCUCCUUUGACAGUUGCAAAAUCAGUCGAACAUUUUCAUGAUUAUAGGGAUUUCGUUUGGCCUAUUUAAAAUACAAACCACAACAGAGAAAUAAAUAAGAUUUCUACCGGAAGCGUAUGAGAUAACGGAAAAGUUUUUUUUUUCUCUCUCAUUUCCCAAUUGAUUUGAGUCGCAUUGAAUUUGUUUGUCAUUUUGAGUCAUUAUCAAUACGAAUUGGCAUUGUUACGGGCUGUAAUGCAUAUUUAUUCAGACAAAGAAAAAGUAAUUUUUUUUUUAGCAAGAAAAACGUUUGCUUCAACAUCAUUGAAACGAACAUCUUAAAAUGUUACACUUAAAUUAGCAUAAGAAAAUCCAACAAAAGAACAAACAAAAUGCCAUUCAGGAUACAAUGGACAAUAAACUGUGCGUCAAAACGCAGUAACUUAAUAUCUACUUCAACAUAGUUUUGAAAUUGUGUGAAACAAUUUUAUUGUAUUUAUCAUAUUAUUACAUAUACACAAAUUUGUAGUUGAAUUACGACAAACCAAUCAAAGAUAUUCAUAAUUCAAUUAAGUGCAAGUAUCAAUUAAAAUUCAAAGUUGAAAUCAACAUGGUUUGUGAGUGAUAUGGAUAUACCAAUAGAUAGAAUGAAAAUAUGAUUUUCAAAAGUGCAAUCAAUUUUCAAAACGACAAGAAUAAAACAAAAAUUUAAAAAAUAUGUAACGUUUGUGUACAAAGCAAAGCUUUAAUUGAAAAUCACUUUGUUGAUUUUGAAUAUUCUAACAAAAAGAAACCAAUUAGUUUAUAGCGAGAAAACCAAGUUUUUAAAUCGAUGUUAACUGUUGUUGCAAUAAAAAAAUGCUAUUUUAGAUUAUUGCUAUUGAUGUACUGCACACAUCGAAUAGAAAAUGUAUAAGUUCCGCCUCGAAAUGUAGGAGAAACGUUUCCAUCGAACUGACUAUAUCAUUGAAGGAAAGAAUUGAAUGCUGCUUUAGAUAUUCUCGUUUUUUUCAAUUUCAGCUUUUGGAAAAGAAUUUAGUUUUGAAACUGACACUUCGUGAUCGCAAUUGAAACGUGCGAAAAUGACUAAAAUUUAGUUUUGGCCUACUGUAAGCAAAGCUGGUCACAGAAUCAUUUCCAUCUGGGUACAUUUUUUAUAAAAUUAUAUUUUUAAAGGUGGCUCAAUAAGGUAGAUAGUGCAACACGAAAAUGCAUACACAUUUGCUCACUAAAUUUAUAAUUUUUUUUUUAAGUCUAAUUAGUUUAAAACAAUUCAAUUUUAACUAAAUUAAUAAUACGUUGAAUUCAAAUAGUAAUUCAAAGAAUAGUAGUAUAUGAAUAUAUUUAUUUUGCGUUAAUUUUAACGUAUUUUUGUUGCACCCAAUUAGUAUUUUCUUUCUAAAAUACAAAACAGGAGGCGCGAUAUUUUUCUAACAAAUACAAACAGUUAAUGCAAAUGCCACUCGUGAACGUAUUUUAGGUGACUAAACUGGUAGUAAAAAAUGGCACCAAUAAUUUAGUACCAAUAAAUUUCAACAAAAAUUGACAUUCUUUUGGAGAAAUGAAGCCGAAAUUGUAUUUCAAAAUUAAUUGAAAUGUUAGGCA